AUGACAUCUGCCACAUCUUAUGAACAACAGCAACAAAAGUUGAAUGAUUCUAAUCGACGUUUAGAAAAUAAAUUAAAAGAACGAGAAGAUGAGUAUACAUCUUAUAAACAAUUUUAUAUUUUAUGUGGUACAUUCAACGUGAAUAAUCGUCAACCACCGACCAAUGCAAAUUUAGAUGAAUGGCUUUGUCGAGCAGGAAAAAUACCGGAUAUUAUUGCCGUGGGCUUUCAAGAGAUAGAUACAAGUGGUGGUGCUUAUUUAUAUGAUGACAAAAAAAAAGAAGAUGAAUGGGAAUAUGUUGUAAAUAAUACCAUACAGCAUCCUGCAGAAUCCAAAAGCAGAUACUACUUAAUCAAUCGUGUCAGACUUAUGGGAAUACUAUUAUUUGUUUAUGUUCGAUCUGAGCACAAAAAAAAGUGCACUGCUGUCUCUCGUGCAUCUGUACCAACCGGUUUCAUGAACAUAACAGGAAAUAAAGGUGGUGUCGGAAUCCGGUUUCGUUUCUAUGAAACAGAUAUUUGUUUUCUUAAUUGUCAUUUUGCAUCUGGUGAUGGACAAACACAACGACGAAACGAAGAUUAUCAGACAAUAGAAUCACGAAUGGUUUUUACAGAUGGACCAACGUAUUCAAUUAAAGAUUAUAUCUGGCACACCCCUGCUCCGUCAGGCGCAAAUCCAACAACGAAUAAUGGGCAACCUGUUACAAGUCGAUGGUGGAAAAUUAGUGAUCACGAUAUUAUAUUUUGGUUUGGAGAUAUGAAUUAUCGUAUUUCUCAAGCAAAUGAACAAGUUCGUAAAGCAAUCAACGAAGUAUCUAUGAUUCCUUUACAAGAAAAAGAUCAACUGAAAUGUGAAAUAAAAUUAGAUCGUGUAUUUAAAAAUUAUCAAGAACAUACUAUUGAUUUUAUACCUACAUAUAAAUUUGAUCCUGGAACGGAUGUUUAUGACACGAGUGAAAAAUUACGUACACCAUCUUGGACAGAUCGUAUUCUCUAUAAAGUGAAACGUAAAAAGAUUCAUAGUAAUUUUAAUAAUGAAAAACAAAUACAAGAUGAAACUGAUGUUGUGAAACCGUUAGAUUAUUUUUGUGCCAGAACGGUUAAUUUUAGUGAUCAUAGGCCGGUUAGCAGUCUAUUUCUCAGUUCAAUCAAAUAUCUAUAUGAUGAAAAACGGUCUAAUUCAAUACGUGAGCAAUUGAUACGUGAAUUUGAUCGAGAAGAAAAUGAUGCAAUACCGACAAUUGAUGUCUAUCCACGACCACCAGAAGUAAAAUUUGUUCUUAUCAAAUAUUUGGAUAAAUCGUCUUAUAAAAUGAAGAUAAAAAAUACUGGCGAAUGUCAAGUGAAUUAUACCAUAUUAACAUCAUCACGAUUUUCUGCCGGAGAUGUUAAACAACAAUCAGUGCCAUUGAAACCAGAUGAAUAUUUUUUCAAUUGUUUAGAAUUUGUUCCGCCAGUGCCAUCUUCGAUUCAAGCCAAAGAAGAACAAGAAAUUGAUGUGAUAUUCAACGUUAAACCUGAGUAUGCGUCAUUAUUCACAAAUAAAAAACAACUUAAUGAAAUACUCAUAUUACACGUCGAAAAUGGUGCAGACACAUUCAUCAUAUUAGACAUUACACUCGACAUGGGACCAUUUGGCUUGUCAUUGGAUCAAUUUCCAGUGACAUUAUUCAAUAGGAGUACUAAUACAUAUGUGUACGAUGUAAAACAGAUUCCGGAUGAUGGGGGGGAUGAUUACAGUGAAAGACAAGAAAAUCUAAUAGAAAUGAAAAAAGAUCCUCCAGCAUUAUAUCUAGCGUUAAUCGAUUGUUUGAAAGAGCGUGAACUCGAUUUAAUUGAUAUAUUCAAUGCUGACACUCAGGAUAAUUUAGAUUUGAUUCCAUUACGAAAUGAAAUUUAUAAUCACAAUUACAAGUUUGAUAAAUAUGAGAAUUCCGAUUUGUUAAUGAUAUUAAUACAUUUAUUACAAUGUUUACCAGAGCCGUUGAUCAGUACUCAAAUACAGAAAAAAAUAUUUAAUUCAGGAAGGACACAUCAUCAACUUACGAACAGCUCUUCACAAUAUUUACCAAGUGGAAAUACUAUUCAGAGUAGUUUACCACUAUCUACAUCUCACAGGGUAGCCAAUGUAUCUGGCUCAAUACCGAAUGAAAUGAAAAAUGCAGUAACAAUAUUAAUCGAACAGUUACAACCGAAAGAACGAAAUUUAUUUUUUCGUUUAUUAGUAUUAUUUCAGAAAAUAUGGCCUGAUGAACAAGAUAAACAAAAGAACGAUAAUUCUCAAUCACACAGAGCUAUUCAAAACUGCAUAGAGAGUUUAAGUUUAGCGUUGUUACACGGUGAGGUCAAUUCUCAACAACGACACCUAUUUAUUCGAGCUUGUCUUGAAGAUGAUAGGUCGAACAGCAAUAUUCCAAGAAGUAGUAGUAAGACAAUAAAAUAA